AUGGAGGACGAGGUCGUGAUUGCCCCCAGUCAGCACCACAGCCUUCCCAGCGCGCCCAAGUCCGCCCUCGGCCCGGAGGUCGACCUGGCGGCCAUCCCCACCAUAGGCCCCUUCAGGGCGCACGUCACCAACCUGCAGUACGAGGUGACGGAGGAUCAGCUGAGCGAUCUCUUCAAAAACUUGAAUAUCACCAGCCUUCGCCUGCACUCGGAGAAUGGCCGCCCGAACGGCACGGCCAACAUCGAGUUUGGCACUCGCAACGACCUCAUCGACGCCCUCAGCAUGUCGCAGAAGAUGCUCAACGGCCGCGCCGUGAAGAUCUACCUGCCAAAUCAGGAUCGCUACGGUAUGGGCGACGGUGCUCGUCGAGGCGGUCGCGGCGGCGGCGGCAGCUACACCGACAACACGCCCAUGAACUGGCGUGCGGCGGACCGCACGGCGCCGCCCUCGCGCGGCGGCGGCGACGACCGCUACCCGCCCAAGAGCGACCGCGUCUUUCCCCCGCCCACGGCAGGCUUUGGCGCCGACCGCGGCUACGGCUCGCGCGGCGGACCUCGCCGAGACGGCGGCGGCGGCUUCGGCGGCGGUGAAGGAGGCGGCGAAGGCGGCGGCUCAUUCCGCAACCCGCGCAACGACUUUGCCGGCGGGUACGGCGGCGGCCGCGACUACGACCGAAGAGGAGGGCCUGACCGCCGAUCAGACCGAUACGGAGGCGGCGGCGAAGGAGACGGCGGACGCAGUGGCAAUUGGGGCGGCCGCAGCAGUGGUGGCCCCCGUGAGGGCGGCGAAGGCGGCGGCCAGGAAGGGGGCGAGAGCAACUGGCGCAGCGCACGCGCCGAAGGAGCCGGCCCUCCUCCGCCCACCUCAGACUAUGGUCGACGUGAUAUGAACCGAGAGGGCGGCGGUCCGCGAAGCGACCCCUACGGCGGUGCCCCGCCCAGAA